ACAUCUAUAUUGUCCUGUUCUUCAGUCGCUAAGAGGAAUAUAAAGACAAACACACUUCUCCAUAACCUCUCUGUAGAGAAUCAUGUUUUAAGAAACAAACAAUUUGCUAAUUAUGUCUGACAGAUUCGAGUCUGUAGGCUUCAUCUAACUUCGUACCCCUUCAUUUGAAACCAUUUUCUUGAAGGUCACUCGCGCCGCUUGCGUCUGGGUUUCCGCGCUUUACUUGAUUGGGAUGACUGAGGUUCAGUCGAGUGCUGGUGCAGAACAAAAGUAUGGGGGUGCUGAAGGGGCAGAUGCUAUGUAUGUAAAGCUCGUAUCGUCAGACGACCAUGAGUUCUACGUCCGUCGAGAGCAUGCUCUUACGAGUGGUACCAUAAAAGCAAUGCUUUCAGGUCCAGUUAAAAUUCGUUUUCACCAUAAAAUUCUAGUUAAUUAUCAUAUACAUUAUUCAUUCAGUUAUAAGCUGUAGCUGGUCAGGUUACAUAACGUCCAUACAUUAUUGUAAGCAAUAUUGAGAUAUAUUGCGUCAUAGUAAUUUUUGAGUGUUAUCGCCUCUUUCAUAAUUUAUAAGGUCUUAUUCCAAUACAAUUUCUGACACUUACCAAACAUCCCUCAUGACGUUUGGAUCUGUCGUAACAGCUCAAAACUCUGCAUUCCUAUCAGUCUUCUGUUAUAAGGAUAGAAGGCCGGUGAACAUGUGCUAAUCCUUUCAUCUUGUCUCCCAGUGAGAAUUCGGCUUCCUGGGAAUGUUCACCGAUGAAGAUGGUGUCACUUGUUCGAGUAAGGCGUUUCAGUCAUUGAACACUCAAAUAGAGAAGCAGAACACAGUUUAUUGUAUCAAGGUUUUGCACCUUCUUGCUAUGACCUCGAAGAUUUUUAGUCUGGAUGAAGCAUCAAAAUAAGACCGUUUUUAAAGAUAUGAAGUGCCAAUAUAGGGUUACCUCGCAUUCUGCGAUACGACAGAAAAGGUUCAGGCGUCUUGAGCGUUCAUCGUGAGUUUGGAAAGACUCCAUUGACGUUUUGUUCUUUAUUUGGACAAGUACGGCUAUCGCAUACCAACUAUCCUUCGUAAGUAGUGCAGCUCGCAACUAUUGUUUUUUGCUAUAUUCCGGAUUUUUUGGUAUUCACAUUUAAGAAAUUCGUGGCCUGUUAAGAAUUCGUCCCAGAAGCGUUUCCUCAGCAGCUUUCAGGUCUCCUUAUCGACCCAUGGAGGGCAAUGUGAUGGCUUACGUGCUAAUCAUGGUGAAGAUGCUGACAAUAUGCAGAGUCUUCUGACUACUCUAAGCAACGAUGCAAGCAUGUUCGGGAUGCAAUUUUCCCCCUCGAAAUGCAAAAUGUUGCUUCAGGAUUGGGUUGCAUUGACACCCGAACUAAUGAUAGGGAGUGAAGUAAUUGAGCGUGUCGACCGCUUCACUUAUCUUGGAGGUCUCAUCAGCCCUUGUGGUCUGGUGUGUGACGAAAUCUCAGCACGGAUACAGAAGGCUCGACUAGCUUUUACAAACUUGCGUCAUUUAUGGCGUAGGCGAGAUGUCCGCUUAUCAACCAAAGGACGGGUUUACUGCGCAGCAGUUCGUUCCGUCCUACUUUAUGGAGGUGAAACAUGGCCGGUAAGAGUAGAGGAUAUCCGUAGGCUACUAGUAUUUGAUCAUAGGUGUCUUCGAAACAUUGCUCGUAUAUCAUGGGACCAUCGAGUAAGUAACACAGUUGUUAGGAAACGGGUACUGGGUAAGGAUGGAAAAUCGAUUGAUAAAGUAGUGAAACUUCAUCAGUUGAGAUGGCUGGGACACGUAUUACAUAUGCCCAAAGACCGACUGCCUCGACGUGCGACGUUCAGUGGUAUAGGAGUAGGUUGGAAGAAAGCCAGGGGCGGCCAGACAAAAACAUGGCACAAGUCCAUGAAGUCACUGACAAGUGGACUGAGUCAUGUUGGUAGGUGUAGACUAUCUGGUUGGGGACCGCGAGAUGAUAGCAACCGAUGGUUAGAUACCCUGAAUGACAUGGCUCAAAAUCGUUUGCAAUGGCGCAGAUGCAUACACUCUUUGUGUUCUCCCAAAUUUUAAUCUCCUGAUUCCUUGUUGUCUCUUUUUUCUCUUUCAAAAUUUAUUUCACUGUAUUAUACUCCUUGAAUAACAUCUCCAAACCCUAAUGUUUCCGAUUACUGCUUAUACUCUUACCGCCUCUACCACUACGGGAUUUGAAUCGACACCUGCAUCUUUGUGCUAAUGUAGUGUGGCAAGUUGAACUGUUGUACGUCGUUGAUUACUGACUGGCUGGCAUAAAAAAACUCAUUAGCUUUCACAUCAAUAUUUAUUGUAUUAUAUUAAAUAAUAUCCUAUCUCUUUUUUUUAAUACAGGUCAAUUUCAAGAGAAUGAAACAAAUGUUGUACAUUUUCGUGAAAUACCAUCACAUGUAUUACAAAAAUUCAAGUGAAAUACCAGAAUUUCCUAUUGCUCCUGAAAUUUCAUUAGAAUUAUUAAUGGCUGCUAAUUUUUUAGAUUGUUAAUUCAUUAGUUAUUAUUGUCACUAAUUUCCCUUUAUGCGCUUCGUUCUUUUUUGUUUUUGUUUUGUUUUAUCCUAACAAUUAUCUUGUGGGAGUCCUCAUUGGUUUGUUCUUAUUAUUACUAUUCUUAAUAAGCAACAACAAAAAACAGACAGCGGAAAAUACCUUAAUUAUUCGUAUUUCUUUAGUUCUUUAAGUGAAUGUUUUUUUCUUCACAGACACAAAAAACAUACCGUGAUAAUUAAAAAAAAUAAUAACCAUUACUAUCCCUACUACUACUACUACUACUACUACUACUACUUCUGCCUCCUUUGUGCUUCCUUUGUCUGAUUCUUAAACUUACUAAGGAACAAAAAAUAUAUUAAUACUUUCAACUUUAUCAUGUUGUUUUACAAUUAUACAAUUUCAUUGUGGGGCUAAAGUAGAACAGGUUCAUGUAAUGAGAUUUAAGUCGCAUUUUCUAGCUGAACCAAUAGGAAAGUUAGUCAACUGUCCAAACUGAUUUUCAUCCACUAAG